AAGGUGCUACUGUUGCUGACAAAGAAAGGUCUAAAUAAAUAAAUGUUGGAAGUAGGCCUAAAUAAAUCUGGAAAUUAAUAAAUGUCCACAUAAUGAAUGAAUAAAUACAAAAUUAAGUAAAUGUAUAAAUAAACAUGGGAAAAAAAAUAAUUUUGGAAAUAAAUGUUGCCAUAAAUACAUUUGAAUGAAUCAAUUUGGAAAAAUAUAAUACAUAAGGAAAAUACGAUUAUAAAUAUCAUAAUUUGUAAAUAUUUGCAAAAAAAAAAAAUCUUUAUAUAUAUAUUUCAAAAUGUAUUUCACCAAGAAUAAAACUCUGACAUAUGUUGUAUUAUUCGUAUGUGUUUCUGCGCUUUCGGGACGCAGCGCGUGAACAGGACUUUUAUUUUGAUCUGCUGGCAUGACGUCAUAAGGAUGCGUCGCGCUCCUGCAUCAGUUUUUCAGCUGAAGAGAGGAGAAAGUGUUCAAACACACAGAAAAACUCCUGCUGAAGCGACUGAGAUCCAUGUGACACUGUUAUAAAGAUGGCGUUUAUUAAAGAUGAGAGUGAAGACCUGAAGAUUGAUGAAACAUUCAGAGUAAAACAUGAAGAUACUGAGGAACAAACAGACUUGAUGGCACUGAAAGAGGAGAGCGAAGUACUGAAUGAAACGGAAGAUAAAGAUCAUAAUUUCAUAAAUGGAGAAAUAUCUUUUAGCUGUUCACAGACUGAAAAGUCUUCCUCAAGAAAAAGGGAUCAAAAGACAGGAAGAAGUUAUUUCACCUGCCAACAGUGUGGAAAGAGUUUCAAUCGAACAGAAAGUUUUAAAAGACAUAUGAGAGUUCACACUGGAGACAAGCCUUAUGCCUGCCAACAAUGUGGAAAGCAUUUCAGUCAAAGAAUAUGUCUUAAAAGACACAUUAGAAUUCACACUGGAGAGAAGCCAUACACGUGCCAACAGUGUGGAAGGAGUUUCACUCAGCUUGGAAACCUUGGAGUCCACAUGAGUGUUCACACUGGAGAGAGGCCUUACACAUGCCAACAGUGUGGAAAAGGUUUCAACUGGAAAGGAACUCUUCAUUGCCACAUGAAAAUUCACACUGGAGAGCGUCUUUUCACCUGCCAACAGUGUGGAAUAAGUUUCGCUCAAAAAGGAAGCCUUAACAGACACAAGAAAAUUCACACUGGAGAGAAGCCUUACACCUGCCAACAGUGUGGAAUAAGUUUCAUUGAAAAAGGAACCCUUAAAAGGCACAUGAGAGUUCACACUGCAGAGAAGCCUUACACAUGUGAUCAGUGUGGAAAGAGUUUUAAUCAAGAUGAAAAGCUUAAAGUCCACAUGAGAACUCAUCAAGGAAAACCCCACACAUGCCCUCAGUGUGGAAAGAGUUUCUCUCAAAAACGAAACUUUGAAGACCACGUGAGAAUUCACUCUGGAGAGAAACCCUACACAUGCCCUCAGUGCGGAAAGAGGUUUAAUUAUAAACGACACUUUGAAGAUCACAUAAGAAUUCACACCGGAGAGCAACCCUACACAUGCUCUCAGUGUGGAAAGAGUUUCUCUCAAAAACGAAACUUUGAAGACCACGUGAGAAUUCACUCUGGAGAGCAACCCUACACAUGCCCUCAGUGUGGAAAGAGGUUUAAUUAUAAACGACACUUUGAAGACCACAUAAGAACUCACACUGGAGAGAAGCCUUUCACCUGCCAACAUUGUGGAAAAUGUUUCAGCCGAAAAGGAAGCCUUAACAGGCACAUGAGAGUUCACACUGGAGAGAAGCCAUUUACAUGUGGUCACUGCGGAAAGAGUUUCGGAUAUAAAGCAGCACUUAAAUACCACAUGAGUCUGCACAUAUGAGAGAACUGUAUUUUUAUGUUAUCAGUGUGGCAUGAGUCAUGUAAUAACACCAGAGAGAAGCCUUUGCUGUGCCAUCACUGUGGAAAGACUUGCAGAAACAAGACAAUCUUGAGGUUCACAGAAGCACCACUGACAUAGUUCAAAAUCGUUGAGCAGUGUAUUAGGGUUCGUUUACACCUGGAUUAAAAAAUGUGUUUUGGUUGAUCGGAUCACAAAUAGACUUCCUGUUUCACAGUCUCUUUUGUCCACUUUCGAUCACUUCUGUCUCCAUUUUUUCAAGGGGAGUGUCAAAGGGAGGGUAAAUGCAUGGGAUCUUUCAGAUCUUUUGAUUAAAAGAAUAAAAAAUGUUUGCGCAAUUUACAUAUAUAAACACAAAUCUAGGGAAAACUACCAAAGCGGGAAAAAUACAAUGAAGAAGACUUAGUAAGCAAUGCUGGUGAUAAUGAGAAGCAGGGCUCUGAACCUGUUCGAGGAACGAAAACAAAAACAAACAAAAUUUUGAGAGGAACAGAAACUAAAUCAAAUUUUAUAGCUCCGAACAGAAUCGAAAAU